GGCGGUGUCCCUGCGCCCUCCCGCUCCUCUUCCUCCGCCGUCGAGCCCAGCAGGUAUAUGGAUAGAAGCUCGUUGCUGCAGCUCAUCCAGGAGCAGCUUGAUCCUGAAAACACCGGUUUCAUUGGCGUGGAGACUUUUGCCAGCUUGGUACACAGCCAUGAGCUGCCUCUGGACCCUGCAAAACUGGAGAUGCUGGUGGCAUUGGCACAGAGCAACGACGAGGGACAGAUCUGCUAUCAGGAGCUGGUAGACCUGGUCAGUGGCAUCAGCAGCAAGCGGUCGAGCAGCUUCAAGCGAGCCAUAGCCAAUGGGCAGAGGGCGCUUCCCCACGAUGGGCUACUGGACGAGACCGGCCUGGGCUUCUACAAGCGCUUUCUGCGCUAUGUGGCAUACGAGAUCCUGCCCUGCGAGAUGGACCGGCGGUGGUAUUUUUACCAGCACCGCACCUGCCCUCCGCCGGUCUUCAUGGCUGUCGUCACGCUGACCCAGAUCAUCGUUUUCCUUUGCUAUGGGGCUCGGCUGAACAAGUGGGUGUUGCAGACAUACCAUCCUGAGUACAUGAAGAGUCCCCUUGUGUACCACCCGGGACACCGAGCCCGUGCCUGGAGGUUCCUCACAUACAUGUUCAUGCAUGUGGGGUUAGAACAGCUGGGAUUCAACGCCCUCUUGCAGCUGAUGAUCGGGGUGCCCCUCGAGAUGGUCCACGGCAUCCUCCGCAUCAGCUUUCUCUACCUCGCAGGAGUUCUGGCAGGUUCUCUGACUGUCUCCAUCACAGACAUGAGAGCACCUUUGGUUGGAGGGUCAGGGGGCGUCUACGCUCUCUGCUCUGCUCACCUAGCCAACGUUGUCAUGAACUGGGCAGGGAUGCGUUGCCCAUACAAGCUGCUCCGGAUGGUGUUGGCUCUGGUGUGCAUGAGUUCUGAGGUGGGCCGAGCUGUAUGGCUGCGCUUCUCUCCUCCCUUACCUUCCUCGGGUCCUCAGCCCAGCUUCAUGGCCCACCUGGCAGGGGCGAUUGUGGGCAUCAGCAUGGGCCUGACCAUCCUCCGCAGCUACGAGGAGAACCUGCAGGAUCAGUGCGGCUGGUGGGUGGUGCUCCUCUCCUACGCCACCUUCUUGGUUUUUGCCGUCUUCUGGAACAUCUUCGCCUACGACCUUCUAGGGGCACAGAUCCCACCUCCUCCGUAGCGGGUCUGACCCUUCGGUCCCAGUUCUCUCUGCAACACCCGCCCAGGAAGUGCCAAAAAUUGCAGAGGACACCGAGGGGAGAGAGAGAGAGGGAAGGGGGCUGGCGCGCAGGAGCCCAGAGAUCACGCUGCGUGUCCGAAACGAUGUUUCAGCCAGAUGCCAAAAAUUUUUAAAAGGACUCGUGCUAGGCUCCCACGGAGAGAGUCCGGAAGGCAAUGCGCGGUCACUCUGCGACCCAGGAAUGAACGAACCACCACUCCCUUCUCCGAAAAUCCCCAUACCUGCAGAAUGGAUGAUCCGCUCCAAAAGACAACAAGAGAGAUCCUUUAGCAAUUGUGUUCUCAGAGACUCCCUUAGAGGCAUGAGGGUUGAUGUGUUGGGGGGAGGGUGGAUUGAUGCCUCUUUAUCCUAUGCUAUCCUUGUAAGGCUUUUGGAGUUUUGUGUUUGCCUGACAGUUCCCCCCUCCGCCAAGUGGCGGUCAGGCCCAGACCUGCGUAACAUCUGGGGUGGAGCUGCAUCAAUGCUUUGAGACCGUUCCUUUUGCUCUCGAGCGGUCUCUGUGGUUGGGCUUGUUUGCUCGUUCGCAUGUUAACCACUUCCUGUUCCGUGCUUCCCAGCUUUGGAAUGGUUACCAUGGGCAACUUCGGUCGCAUCCGUGUGUUUUAAUUUGUUACAGGAGAGGGGCUGGAAUGCCUGAAGUGCCCCCUUUCAUUGGCCUGGAAGGCCUUCUACCUAAUUCUUAACGUACGUUGGAGAUUUGUCUGGUUUGGGAUUCUUCUGAACGGAGGGCAGAAAAGAUGGUACCUGCACCCUCCUCCUGCCGCUCCGUGGUAGGGGACAUGCUUUGCAUGCAAAAGAUCUCAGUUUCAAUCCCAAAGAUGACCCUGUCUGACACCCUGGAGAGCCGCUGCCAAUCAGUGUAGGCUGUAUUGAUCUAGAUGGACCAAUGGUCUGACUCGGUAUUAUAAAGCAGCGUGCUAUCUUGCUGUGUGUGAGAGUAAGCAAGAACAUGCCCCCCCACACACACACACACAAACGCACAUGGUGUGCAGAUGCGUGGGCAUCAAAUUUUUUAAGGAAAAGAUCAAGGGCCAAACCCGCUUCGUUUCUGUUAAGUGUGUUUACUCAUAUGCUCGAGAAUCUCUGUCCUUAAAUGCAGAGAUCUCCGAAAAUUAAAGUGGGUUUCAGAUGGCUUCCUUCCCUGCGUCUCUCUGCUCCCUUGUACAAGUCUUGCCAAGGUGCCCAUCAUAACCCCCUAUUUGAUCCUGAUGGAACUGUGACUGAGCAAUCAGUCCUGUGUAGGCCCAAACAUUUUGUGUUUCCAGAAGCUGGUUUCUAGAGCGGGUUGGUCUAGAUCAGGGACAGCCAACUUCUGGGUUCUCAGGAGUGUGUGUGUGAGAGAGGGGAGACUUCUGUCCUUCAGGUAGUGGUUGGGAAGCAGCUCCUUGGAAGUGUCUUUUGCCAUGCAAAAGGGUCUCCUUAAUGGGUGGUUUGGCUCUAAAACAGCACAUGCACCUGGUGGGUGGGGAGGGAAGGUAGCUGAAGAGUUCUCUUGAAAUCCCAAAGAGAGAGUGAGCGCCUAAGCCGUCUUGCAUCACAACUCUGAAAGGUAAUUUUAGUUUUCUUCAAAGAGCACCAAGGGUCUUGCUUUCAAACACUGGGAGGCCCCAUGGGGACUAGAUAAAAUUGCUCCAGGAAGCCAGAUCCACCCUCCAGCUGGCCAGUUAACUCAGCUUUGGCCCGGAUGGAUCUUCUGAUCCCCUCCAAGGGCUCUUGGCAGUGCUCAGUUGUGCUAGGGACUGUGAAGCGGUGCUCCAGGGCAGGCAAGAGCAGAGUCCUUCCCCUUCUGUCCAGGCUGAGAUGGAACCUCCCCAGUUACGUGUCAUGUCUGCUAAGGGAGCUGCUGGGGACACAAUACAACUGGAAAAAUCCAGUUGGGAUGGGCUUGAUGAAAACCUUUGGUGGAGCCCCACCAAAGACGCCUCAAGACCAGCUCUGCUGUCCAUCUGCUACGGUCCAGAAGGGUUCCUAGGUGU